AUGUCCACUGAGCCUACCACUCCCGAUGUGAUAGUAGUCGGCGCGGGCCUGGCCGGCAGCCUCCUUGCCCUUCUUCUAUCCCAAGCAGGUCUCUCCACUCACGUAUACGACUACCGCGCAGACCCACGCAACCCGACCGGUGAACCGACGAAGCGCAGCCGUUCCAUCAACCUCGCCAUCUCCACGCGCGGCCUCACUGCUCUCGCUGAGGCUGGUCUUUCUGAAAAGGUCACCGCAAUCGGUGUCCCUAUGCACGGGCGUUGCGUGCACCCACCUUCCGCUUCGUCUCCUCUACAGCUACAGAGGUACGGACAGCCGGGUGAAUACCUGCUUUCCGUGUCCCGACACCGCCUCAACAACCUCCUUCUUGACGCCUGCCAGGAAGCAAAGGGUAUCACGCUUGUGUUCGGAACCCGUUGCGUCGAUGCGGAUCUUGACGCCCCGGCUGUCACUUUGCAACCACGGGAUGGUGGCGAGAGUGUUCGGGCUACAGCCACACUCAUUGUCGGGGCAGAUGGGUCGUUUUCGAAGGUGCGCGCAGCCAUGGCACGCCGCGACCGGUUCAACUUUUCACAGAGCUAUGUCUCGGCAGCAUACAAGGAGCUCACAAUGGUAAAUCUAAACCCAGACACCGCCAAGCACGCCUUUCCAGCCGAGUGGCUUCACAUCUGGCCGAGGCAUCGCUUCAUGCUCAUCGCGCUGCCGAACGACGCGACUUCCUUUACAUGUACGCUGUUCAUGGACAAGGACGAAAUCGAUGACCUCGAUUCGACGGCAAAAAUUCAUGCCUUCUUCAUGCGCAACUUUCCAGACGCGGUCAAGUGCAUGCCCAUGCUGGCUGAAGACUUUGCGAACAACCCCACCCCUUCCCUGCUCACUAUCCGUUGCGACCCGUACAACUACAUGGGAAAGGCUAUCAUCAUUGGCGACGCGGCGCAUGCCAUCGUCCCGUUCUACGGUCAGGGAUGCAAUGCAGCAUUUGAAGACUGCCGGCUGUUCGUGGAUAGUGUGAAGAAGCAUGGCUGGGGCGAGUUGAAGCUUGCAGCGGAGGAGUACGCCAGCGCGCGAAAGAAAAACGCAGAUGCUAUCGCCGAUCUUGCGAUUGAUCACUACGAAGAUAUGCGGCUUGAGGUUUUGGCGAAUCGGCUGUUCCCCCAAUCGUUUUUGCCCCUCUAUUCGAUGAUAUCCUUUUCAAAUACGCCUUACGCGGAAGCGGUAGAGCGCGCCGAUAAACAGGAGAUGGUUGUCGGACGAGGGCUACUUGUUGUCGGAGCAGCAGCCGUGGGCGCAGCUGCAGUUUUAACAGCUCGAAGGUAUGCCAUUAAGGCAAGACCAAUGUAGCAUUGCUCCUUUUUGCUUUGACAUGAGGUGCAACGGUUUGUGAUAUCCAGGAUGGACUUGGUCUUCAGUUGCAGUACCGAAUGUAGUUUUCAUGUGCAUUUCGAUGGAAAGUGCGAUCGGGUUUGUAUCUCUGAGUCCCCAGAGUUCAUACACUGCUGGUGUUUCUAAUUGAACCCUGUCUGCCCGAGGAGAGGGAGGUGUUUAGUGAAUAUCUCCCUCGCCUCGACCAGGCUUCUAGAUGUAAACACUGUUUACAUGAUAGGGCUGUAGAACCCUGGCAAUGGCGUCAGGAUGAAACUUUUCUCGAGCUCACCUUGCAAUUAUCAGUAUAAUAUCUGAAGUCCUC